CGGCGCUGCAGACCCAGCCUCCCGCCGCCGCCGCCGCUGCCGCCGCCGCCUCGGCGCUUGCAGAACCCAGAAGUGAACAGCAGGCGACCCGGAAGGUUUGCGCGCGGCUCCGCACCGAGCCGGAGCCGGAGCCCGGAGCCGGAGCCCCAGCCCGGCCCUACUCGGGCCGCCGGGCGCGGGGCUGCGGCCGCGUCCCGGAGCCGCCGCCAGCACAGCCAGGUGCUGUUGGGAACACAGAGGAAGUGACUGACUGGGGGUUCAGGGAAAGCUCCGUAGAAGAGGGAACACUUGAGCUGGGUCUUGAAGGAUGAGUAGAAGUUCACCAAGUGGGAAAGGACACUCUAGGAUGGCCGAGCCUCGAUUUAACAACCCCUACUUCUGGCCCCCUCCUCCAACCAUGCCCAGCCAGCUGGACAACCUGGUCCUGAUUAACAAGAUCAAGGAGCAGCUGAUGGCGGAGAAGAUCCGGCCGCCUCACCUGCCGCCCACGUCGGCCUCGUCGCAGCAGCCGCUCCUCGUGCCGCCGGCGCCGGCCGACAGCAGCCAGGCCGUCAUGUCGCUGCCCAAGCUGCAGCAGGUGCCGGGGCUGCACCCGCAGGCCGUGCCGCAGCCUGACGUGGCGCUGCACGCGCGGCCGGCCACCAGCACGGUCACAGGUCUGGGGCUCUCCUCCCGGACCCCGGCUGUGAGCACGUCUGAGUCGAGUGCGGGCACGGGUACCAGCACCCCAUCCACACCCACCACCACCAGCCAGAGCCGCCUCAUCGCCUCGUCCCCCACCCUCAUCUCAGGGAUCACCAGCCCCCCCCUCCUGGACUCCAUCAAGACAAUCCAGGGCCACGGCCUGCUUGGCCCCCCGAAGUCCGAGCGCGGCCGAAAAAAGAUCAAGGCGGAGAAUCCAGGGGGGCCGCCUGUCCUCGUAGUCCCCUACCCCAUCCUGGCCUCGGGCGAGACUGCCAAGGAGGGCAAGACAUACAGGUGUAAGGUAUGCCCGCUGACCUUUUUCACCAAGUCUGAGAUGCAGAUCCACUCCAAGUCGCACACAGAGGCCAAGCCCCACAAGUGCCCGCACUGCUCCAAAUCCUUUGCCAACGCCUCCUACCUGGCCCAGCACCUGCGCAUCCACCUGGGCGUCAAGCCCUACCACUGCUCCUACUGUGAUAAGUCCUUCCGACAGCUCUCCCACCUCCAACAGCAUACCAGAAUCCACACAGGCGACAGACCCUACAAGUGCCCACAUCCUGGCUGCGAAAAGGCUUUCACUCAGCUCUCCAACCUCCAGUCUCACCAGCGCCAGCACAACAAGGACAAGCCCUACAAGUGUCCCAACUGCUACCGGGCCUACUCGGACUCCGCCUCCCUGCAGAUCCACCUCUCGGCCCAUGCCAUCAAGCAUGCCAAGGCCUACUGCUGCAGCAUGUGCGGGCGGGCCUACACCUCGGAGACCUACCUGAUGAAGCACAUGUCCAAACACACGGUGGUGGAGCACCUGGUGAGCCAUCACUCGCCCCAGAGGACGGAGUCCCCCGGCAUCCCAGUGCGAAUUUCCCUCAUCUGAGCCGACCCAAGGCGC